CGGUCCCGGGGCUGGGCGGGCGGGCGGACGGUGUUGUGGAAACAGAUAGCGAAAGGUUUUUGCGGCAUGGUGGACGUCCCCCGGCCUCGGCUGACUAGAAGUGCGAGGUGCGAGGUGCGAUCUGAGCGGCCGCUAUCCGCGUGGGUGAGGGGGAGAGACGGAGGCGGUGUGCCCGUAAUGAGCUGGCCGCUGGCAGGUAGAGCGAUCCAGCUUUCGCGUUUCCCGGAACUUUUCGAACCCUGCUGUGCCCAGAGUUCCAGAACCCACAGCGCCUGGAGCUUUCACGCGUGGGAGUUCUAGAACUCCAGCCCGCGGGCUUUCGGAGAUGACGGUAAGGCGAGCGGUCCUGUGGCCGCUGCUCGUGACCGGGAGCUUACUCGCGAUGCUGCCAGAGCCGGGCCGGUGCCGGGAGCCUGAAACUCCGGACUGGGAGAUGACAUUGAAGACCAUCAGAAAUGGCGUUCAUAAGAUCAAUACUUAUCUAAAUGCUGCUCUGGAUCUCCUGGGAGGAGAGGACGGGCUCUGUCAGUAUAAAUGCAGUGAUGGAUAUAAAUCUUUACCUCGCUAUGGCUAUAAACCUUCACCACCCAAUGGAUGUGGUUCUCCACUCUUUGGAGUUCAUUUUGACAUUGGCAUUCCUUCAAUGACAAAAUGCUGCAAUCAACAUGACCGAUGUUAUGAAACCUGUGGCAGCCAAAAACAUGAUUGUGAUGAGCAGUUUCAAUAUUGUCUUUCAAAGAUCUGUAGAGAUGUGCAGAAGACAUUAGGAAUACCUGAGUCUGUGCAAGCUUGUGAAUCUACGGUGCAACUAGUGUUUGAUGCAGUCAUACAUCUUGGAUGCAAGCCAUAUCUUGACAGUCAGAGAGCUGCAUGCAUGUGCCAGUAUGAAGUCAAAAGAGAUCUGUAACAAGAUUUGUCUGAAGUGAUAGAGCCCUUUGUUGUUACAAAACUGUCCUAAAGAUACAACUGAACAUGCAAAUGGAUUGUCUACUCACCAGGAGAAGACACUAAUUUGUAUAUUUUUAUAUAGCACUUCUUCAUUUCAUCAGCUAUGUAUGCAUUCUUACUCUAUAAGGAUCUGUUGUGCACCUCUUUUAGAGAUGAAAUGGAUAUUUUGGCAACUGCCUUAAGUAGAUAGGAUUGUCAAUGAACGCUGCUCUAAACUGAAGGAAGUGGAUAUCGAAGACGGCAUGGGAUGAAGAAAAAAAACUAGGUCAAUCCUUGGGAUCACAGUCGAUCAAUAUCUCUUCUGGGUCUGAUUUUUCUUAUAGAAGAAAAAUACCUAAAAAGGCAAAACCAAAUAUUUGGAAGACUUUAAAAAAUAUGACUGACAACAUUCAGUCAUUUGCAUAUUGACAUUCUAUGAUGCGUGUAAUCAUAUUUGUCCCUACC